CUCCAGUGUUGAGCUCGAGGGCGGUCAGAAUGCUGUGCAGACUGACUCUGACUGUGACCGUGGUGUGCGUCGCUGGCAUAUGCAGCCAUGUGCAGGCUGGUGACCUGAGCGGACUGAUCAUAGGCAGGGACUACGGGGUGAAGCUGUGCGGGCGAGAGUUCAUCAGAGCCGUCAUUUUCACAUGCGGCGGGUCCCGCUGGAAAAGAGCCACGCUGUGGGACUCAGACCCAUUAAAAUGGAUUUCUGUCACUGCUGACAACCAGCAGACCUGGCAACGGGGUGAAGUGCUGACAAAUGAGCGCUCCUUUCGCCGUGUUUCUUCUUUGUACUCCCUGCUGGAACUCCUGCCCUCGUACUGGGCCUCGGGAGCUGAGCGGAGGUCACAGAGUUACCGGUCCGGUCAGCCCACAGCUGAAGGUGACACAGAGGAGAACCUCGGCGCUGACUGGGUUCUACCCAGGAAGAGGAGAAACUUUUCUCUGGGUGUGGCUGGGAUGUGCUGCCACCAGGGCUGCACCAAAACUGACAUUGGGCGGUUGUGCUGAGGCAAGGAGGAGCCUGGGUGACGACAGAGAUGAACAUUCUGCUGUUUAAUGUGCUGUAAUUAUUCAUGUUUUACUUCACAUCUCCAGACCGGUGUCUGUGACCGAACGGUCCCCUCUGCCUUCACUCCGCAUGCAUCUGAAACUGACCGAGUCUGACUCUCUACACCCAAACCGAUCAAAGGAAAUAAUGGAAUUAUUAACCAUCAG